AGCAGAAGAAGGAGAAGGAGAAGGAGACGUCUAUGCUUAAGGAACUUGAAACAUACACUAUAGGCCUACAUUACAUUGUGGUUACAUAUUCUCCACACUGUUGUCAUGUAAACCUUUAUAGCCUAAAAUGCAUUUCUGUAUCUUUUACACGCGUACAGCUGCGACUAAUAAGCAUAGACUGUAUAGCCAUGUGUUCAAAUGAAGGACAGCUUCGGAUUUAGACAAUCUGCCGUCAGAUAAACAAAUAUUGUCACCAGUAUGAUCAAACACACGCUGCGUGCGUCAGGACGUGUAAUCUCUCCCGGUCUGCGCAGCUUCUCAGGGACUCCUGGAGGAGAAAUCAUUGAAGAUGUGUUUGAACGUGCUGGAUCUACACAUCUCACACAGCAGGCGUCUCUCUAUGUGCAUUGGCCUUACUGUCUCAGAAGGUGCUCCUACUGCAACUUUAACAAGUACAUACCCAGAGCCAACAAUAACCACAUGAUGACCGAGUGCCUUCAGCGGGAGACAGAAACAUUACUGCAGCUCAGUCAGGUAUCCUGCAUCACCUCAGUAUUCUUUGGUGGUGGGACACCAAGCCUGGCACACCCUUCAACCAUCUCUGCUGUCCUCGAAACUGUUUCCAGGCAUGCAAACCUUUCAGAUAAGGCUGAGGUCACACUUGAGGUCAACCCAACACCCGUGGGAAUGUCAAAGUUAGAGGACUUUUGCCAUGCAGGGGUGAACCGUUUCUCCAUUGGGGUCCAGUCUCUGCAGGAUGAGGACUUGAAAAUUCUGGGAAGAGACCACAGUUCUCAUCAGGCUUUGCAAACUAUUGAAGAGGCAAGGAGGCUGUGCCCCGGGAGGGUGUCCGUGGACGUCAUGUUUGGCCGGCCCAAACAGAGCGUGGAAUCCUGGGAGAAAGAGCUAUCUGAGCUGCUGAGGGUUUGUGAUGACCACGUUUCUCUGUACCAGCUGACUCUAGAGCGAGGCACCCAGCUUUUUAAACAGGUGCAAAGCAGUGAAAUGACUGUGCCCGCUGAUGACGUGACAGCAGAGAUGUACCAGUGUGCCAGGAGGAGUCUCCACCAGCAUGGCUUUCAGCAGUAUGAGGUGUCAAACUUUGCGAGACAUAAUGCAGCGAGUGAUCACAACAUGAGCUACUGGAAAGGAAGACAGUACAUCGGUGUUGGCCCAGGAGCACACGGGCGCUUCGUGCCUCUGGGGGAGGGAAGUGUCAAUCGAGAAGCCCGGACCCAGACUCUGGAGCCCGAUGUCUGGAUCCGUGAGGUGCAACAGAGGGGGCACGGGACGCGGAGGAGGAUUCAACUCAGCUAUCUUUCCCUGCUGGAGGAGGUGCUGGUGAUGGGAAUGAGAAUGACUGAGGGCAUUACUCACAAGCAUUGGCAGUUGUUUUGCCCUCAACUGAGUCUUCAUAAAGUCUUUGGUACGUCCAUUGAUGUCCAUGAGUUCCUACAGAGUGGACAACUGAUUCUUGAUGACAGUGGUCUUCGCUGCUCCUGGGAUGGACUGGCUUUGCUGGACAGCAUGCUGCCAUCGCUACUGUUGGAGUUAGAAACACAAAUCCUUCAGAGACCACAAAGUGACCACCAAGCUGAUGCACAAACAGAGAAGACCCACGAUAACAGUAAUGUUAUUAAAGUGGCUAACUUCAGAGGAAAAUAAGCUGAUAUUGAUCAAGAAAACCAGGUUAAUGUACAUUAUUCAUUUGAAUUAUUUCCCUUAAGUCCUACUGUUCCGUUCAGCUGCCAUCGUAACUCAAAUCACCACAAGCUAUAAUAAGAAAAGUGAAACAAUUAUCGUCACACUGGUGUGGAUGACGCUUGUUUUUCAUUUGUAAAAAUCUCCAGGUGCUGUGUGGUAAUUAUGGCUGUAACAGAAACUGAAAAAACAAAUCUCAAUCUCUCUCAGACAUCACCCAGAGAUCAUUACUUUAUUGGUUCAGAGGAAAUGGAUUGAGUUAGCAUGGAUUUCUUUUGCGCAGGGGUGUGAUGAUGCACUCAGCUCACGAGACGACACAAUACACAAUAUUGGUUUCACGAGACGAGAUGGAAACUGGAAAAAUAGUCCUUUAUUUGACUGAAAGUCACAAAAUGUAUAGUGCAGGUGCAUUCGGAAAUGUUUUAAUUUAUCAUCUUUUAAUGAAUGUCACUUCAGUUCUACUUUCUGAGUGUGAAUUAUCAUAUGCAGUAUGCAAUAUGCAAGCACUGUAAAAGCCUGAGGUCGGCCUAACCCAGCUCUUCUCCUCAUCUCCUACUUUGGACUGAGAUAUUCUCAGCAGGCAGAAGCUUCUAGCUUUUGCCACCCCCUGAAUAUUACUUCGUGAGACAGCAUUCACCUUGACGAGAAAUGUUGUCACGACAUCUCGUCACACCCCUCCUUUUAAGUAUAAUGUGUAUAUUGAGAAUAUAUGUAAAUGUUGCUGCUUUUGUUAAUACAACUAUGAAACAGAUUAAUCUAACUUUAUACAGACAUUAUUUAAGCAGCGACCAUGUUCAGCAUACUGACAGACAUUUUAAGAUGACUACUUUCAGUAGAUUUCAACUCUUGUUUGACAUGUAAAUGUAUAAAUGAAUCCUUAUAAAUUGGUACAUUUAUACAAAAAAAUCUGUCUUGAUUUGGACUCAAUCUGUGUGAACUGUUAGAUUAUGGGUUAGAUUAAACU